AAAACUAUGGGCUACGAAUCCGGAAUGGGUUUAGGAGCUCAUUCUCAAGGCAUAACAGAGCCGGUGAAUGUAAGCAAGCAAAAAGGUCGCCGUGGUUUUGGUUUGGUACCCAAAUCGGAAGUUAGUUCUCAUGCAACCGGACAUCUUUACAAGUCAACCGAUCCUAGUCUGGUUUGGCUGAAGGAUACUGACGAGGCUUCUGCGGAUAGCGAUAAAAUUUGGUUCUGGAAGCCUGAUGAUGAUGAUGGACUGGGACGCAGAAGUAAUCUCACCGCGUUAAGCUCCAUGUUGAUUUCUCCGGAUGACGUUAAGUCCAUCGGCCCGCCCAUUCGUCAAAUGGAUGAUCAGUCCAAUUUUUGUUCACAGCAUGUACUCCGAGAGCUAUUGGCUUAUAAGAAUCAGUUGGACGACGUUUCGAAAGAGCUGGUCACAGACAGUCAUCAGCGUUGCAAUCCUUACGAGCUAAUCAAAAAAGGAAUCUUCAUGAAUCGGUAA